AACCGAGAACGAAAACUGACGCGGGGCGCGCGCCCCCAUAUUUCAGACACCGCGCCGCGCCCCCGGGCCCCGCGAGCGCCGAGCGGACACCUUUUUGCGGCCGCCCCCCUCCCCUCCGGGAUAUUAUCGACCUCCCACCCCCCCUCGCUUCCGGACGCGCCGCCAUCGCCAUGGGCUUCCAGGACGCGCCCAGCGGGAGCGGCGGCGCCGGGAACCUGUCCCUCGCCAGCGUCGGCUUCGCCGGCGCCGGGGUCGGGGUGGGGGUCGGGGCCAAGGGGGCCGCCUCCAGCGGCGGCGGAUACAAGGAGCUCCUCGUCAUGGCGCUCCCCAAGGACGACGGCCUCGACGCCGCCAAGGUCAUCGGCGCCGGGCUGCCGGACGUCGGGGAGGCCUUCAGGACAUUUUUUAGAAGUAGAGAGAUUAGAGAAUUUGCCAGUGGGGCGUUAGCUGGUGCUAUGUCCAAAGCUGUUCUUGCUCCCCUUGAGACUAUCAGGACAAGAAUGGUUGUAGGCGUAGGAUCCAGACAUAUCGCUGGCAGUUUUGUGGAGAUCAUGGAACAUAAUGGGUGGAGAGGGCUUUGGGUGGGCAAUACAAUCAACAUGAUCCGCAUUAUUCCCACUCAAGCAAUUGAGCUUGGAACAUUUGAGUAUGUCAAAAGGGGCAUGAAGUCAGCACAAGAGAAAUGGAAAGAGGAUGGAUGCCCAAAGAUACAGCUUGGUAAUAUGAAAAUCGAUAUUCCACUCCACUUGUUAUCUCCAGUUGCUAUUGCUGGUGCGGCUGCUGGAAUUGCUGGUACAUUGAUGUGCCAUCCUCUUGAAGUAAUUAAGGAUCGCCUGACAGUGGAUCGAGUGACUUAUCCUAGCAUUAGCAUUGCCUUCAGCAAGAUAUAUCGAACUGAAGGUAUCAGAGGUCUCUAUUCUGGCCUCUGCCCGACACUAAUUGGCAUGCUUCCUUACAGCACAUGCUACUACUUUAUGUACGACACAAUCAAGACCUCAUACUGCCGCCUACAUAAGAAGAAAUCCUUGAGCCGUCCUGAGCUACUAAUUAUCGGAGCUCUGACAGGUCUGACGGCGAGCACGAUCAGCUUCCCCCUGGAGGUGGCGAGGAAGCGGCUCAUGGUAGGCGCCCUGCAGGGGAAGUGCCCGCCCAACAUGGUGGCGGCCCUGUCAGAAGUGAUCCGGGAGGAGGGCCUCCUGGGGAUCUACCGCGGGUGGGGGGCGAGCUGCCUCAAGGUGAUGCCGAAUUCGGGCAUCACCUGGAUGUUCUACGAGGCGUGGAAGGACAUCCUCCUGGCCGAGAAGGACAAGCACCUCGACUAGCCGACGACGACGAAACAGCCCUUAGGCGACUGGGCCGAGGAUGAUGAGUUACUGAACAAACAGACAGUGCUAGGCGUUGCUGUGGUGGAAUAAUGUUGUGUGGGGGUUCUGAUCCUUUCCCAGUUUUCGAAUCCCCCACCUCUGCCUGUGCCGAACGGUUAGAUUAGGAGGGACGCGCCGGUGCGAUUGCUGUCUGGCCGAUGAUGAGUGGAAGCAUUUGUGUUUGCUGCUCCUUCGCUAAUUUGGGAUGCAUGGUUGCGCAUGGUACUAUUCGUCAACCACUUUCAGGAUGGUUGAUUACAGAUUGAAAACGAGGGCAUGUUUCUGUGUGCUCCAUUUCUCCAUCAUCCUCGUCAGUAUUCUGCCUUGUAUUCUGGCGUGAGCCGUCAGUAUUCUACUCCUUGUAUUCUUUUGUCAGCCGGCAGCGUAAGGCCCCUCCUAAUGCGUAGGUGCUUAGAUCAGAUUGUGGUGCUUAUUGCAUAAUAAAAAUGAUUCAACGACUCUGCAUAGGCGCUUA